CCUCCCACUGACGUCUCAUUCCCUUGUUAUGUUUUGACUGCGGUUAAGUUUCACUUUCGCUCUCUCUAAGGAGUGUCGGACAGGAAGGUCAUCUUUGCACCAUGAGUAACUCUAAGGAUGAAGAGGGGGGAGUCCCUCCCUUCAGCAGCACUGUGUCUGAGGAAGAUGAGAGGGCUGAGCAGGAAAGAACAGAUUCUCCUGAACCAUCAUGUGUGUCCCUGAGGAGUAACCGCUCCAUGGAUUACCCUACUGCUUUCAAACGGCAAAAUUCAAGUCCUCAGACUGAGGAGAAAAGAGCAGAUUCUCCUACACAGAGCAGUGUGUCCAUAAGUGACCGCUCCAUGGAUUACCCUACAGCUUUCAAGACUGAGGAGAAAAGAGCAGAUUCUCCUACACAGAGCAGUGUGUCCAUAAGUGACCGCUCCAUGGAUUACCCUAUAGUUUUCAAGACUGAGGAGACAAGAGCAGAUUCUCCUACACCGAGCAGUGUGUCCAUAAGUGACCGCUCCAUGGAUUACCCUACAGCUUUCCAACGGCAAAAUUCAAAUCCUCAGGAAGUUAACCAGACGAUGACUAAGGAGAAAAGAGCAGAUUCUGCUGCAUUAAGCAGUGUGUCCCUGAGGAGUAACCGCUCCAUGGAUUACCCUACUGCUUUCAAACGGCAAAAUUCAAGUCCUCAGACUGAGGAGAAAAGAGCAGAUUCUCCUACACCGAGCAGUGUGUCCAUAAGUGACCGCUCCAUGGAUUACCCUACAGCUUUCAAGACUGAGGAGAAAAGAGCAGAUUCUCCUACACAGAGCAGUGUGUCCAUAAGUGACCGCUCCAUGGAUUACCCUACAGCUUUCCAACUGCAAAAUUCAAAUCCUCAGGAAGUUAACCAGACGAUGAAUAAACAGGAGACUUCAGAGGUUGGACGUCUUACAGAUCUGGAUUCCAUAUUCACGCUUCUUGAGGAGACCAUGUUUGCCUAUCUGAAGAACGAGCUUAAGACGUUCUGUAAGGUUCUGAGUACUAAUAACCUAGAAUGCUUUGAGAGCCAAGGUAAGUAUGAAGAAGUGGUUGAUGGGGAAGAAGAAGAGCAGAGAAGGAGCAGAAGAGAGGCAAUUAUGAAGCUCACACUGGACUUCCUGAGAGGAAUGAAGCAGGAGGAACUGGCAGACUCACUGAGAAACAAAUCUCUUGCUGCAGUGGGCCAACAUAAACUCAAAUCUAAUCUGAAGAAGAAGUCUGAAUAUGUGUUUGAGGGGAUUGCUAAAGCAGGAAAUCCAUCCGUUCUGAAUAAGAUCUACACAGAGCUGUACAUCACAGAGGGAGGGACUGCAGAGGUCAAUCUUGACCAUGAGGUCAUACAGAAUGAGAAAGCAUCCUGGAAACCAGACACACCAGAAAGAACAAUCGGAUGUAUAGACAUCUUUAAGGCCUCACCUGGAAGAGAUAAACCAAUCAGAACAGCGAUAACAAAGGGAAUGGCUGGCAUUGGGAAAACAGUCUUAACACAGAAGUUCACUCUGGACUGGGCUGAAGGCAAAGCCAACCAGGACAUCCAGUUCAUAUUUACUUUCUCUUUCAGAGAGCUGAAUGUGCUGAAAGAAAGAAAGUACAGUUUGGUGGGACUUAUUCAUUGGUUCUUUCCUGAAUUGGAAAAAGCAGGAGUCCAGUGGUUUGAAGAGUCCCAAGUCCUGCUCAUCUUUGACGGUCUGGAUGAGUGUCGACUCCCUCUGGACUUCCACAACACUGAGGUCCUGACUGAUGUCACAGAGUCCACCUCAGUGGAUGUGCUGCUGACAAACAUAAUCAGGGGGAAGCUGCUUCCCUCUGCUCGCCUCUGGAUAACCACACGACCUGCAGCGGUCAAUCAGAUCCCUCCUGAGUGUGUGGACAUGGUGACAGAGGUCCGAGGGUUCACUGACCCCCAGAAGGAGGAGUACUUCAGGAAGAGGUUCAGAGAUGAGAAGCAGGCCAGCACCAUCAUCUCCCACAUCAAGACCUCACGAAGCCUCCACAUCAUGUGCCACAUCCCAGUCUUCUGCUGGAUCUCUGCUACAGUUCUGGAGGAAAUGCUGAAGACCAGAGAGGGAGGAGAGCUACCCAAGAGCAUGACUGAGCUGUACAUCCACUUCCUGGUGGUUCAGUCCAAAGUGAAGAACGUGAAGUAUGAUGGAGGAGCUGGGACAGAUCCACACUGGAGUCCAGAGAGCAGGGAGAUGAUGGAGUCUCUGGGGAAACUGGCUUUUCAGGAAUUGAAGAAGGGCAACAUCAUCUUCUAUGAGUCUGACUUGACAGAGUGUGGCAUCGAUAUCAGAGCAGCCUCAGUGUAUUCAGGAGUGUUCACACAGGUCUUUAGAGAGGAGAGAGGACUGUACCAGGACCAGGUGUUCAGCUUCGUCCAUCUGAGCGUUCAGGAGUUCCUGGCUGCUCUUUAUGUCCAUCUGAUCUUCUUCAACUCUGGAGUCAACCUGCUGUCAGAAGAACCAACAUCCUCACUGUGGUCUAAAUGGAUCGGAGUCACACCUGGAAACCUCUAUGAGACUGCUGUGGACAAGGCCUUACAGAGUCCAAACGGACACCUGGACUUGUUCCUCCGCUUCCUCCUGGGUCUCUCAGUACCAACCAAUCAAAUGCUCCUACACGGCCUGGUGACACAGACAGGAAGCAGCCCGCUGACCAAUCAGGAAACAGUCAAAUACAUCAAGAAGAAGAUUGAAGAUAAUCUCUCUGCAGAGAGAAGCAUCAAUCUCUUCCACUGUCUGAAUGAGCUGAACGACAGUUCGCUAAUUCAGGAGAUCCAGAAAUGCCUGAAUUCAAAUUGCCUGUCCACUGAUAAGUGGUCUCCUGCUCAGUGGUCAGCUUUGGUCUACAUCUUACUGUCUUCAAAAGAUAUCCUGGAGGUGUUUGACCUGAAGAAAUACUCAGAUUCAGAGGAGGAUCUUCUGAGGCUGAUGCCAGUAGUGAAAGCCUCCACCAAAGCUCUGCUGAGUUGCUGCAAUCUGUCAGAGAAAAGCUGCAAAGCUCUGUCUUCAGUGCUGAGCUCUGGGUCCUCCAGUCUGAGAGAGCUGGACCUGAGCAACAACAACUUGCAGGAUUCAGGAGUGGAGCUGCUCUGUGAAGGACUGAAGGAACCACGUUGUAAACUGGAAACUCUCAGGGUAUCAGGAUGUCUGAUCACAAAGAAAGGCUGUUCUUCUCUGGCCUCCGCUCUGAGAUCCAACUCCGUCCUGAGAGUGCUGGACGUCAGCUACAAUAAUCCAGGAGACAGAGCAGUGGCUCGCCUUUCUGCUGUAAGACUUCGAUCCCUCAGGGUGGACCAUGGUGGACAGCAGUUAAUGACACCGGGUCUAAGGAAAUACGCCCGUGAACUCACACUGGACCCAAACACAGCGAACAAAAAGCUCAUUCUGUCCGACAACAACAGGAAGUUGACAGCGAGCAAAGAGACGCAGCCAUAUCCUGAUGAUCCAGAGAGAUUUGACUACUGGAAGCAGGUGCUGUGUACAGAUGGUCUGGACGGUCGCAGUUACUUCGAGGUGGAUUGGGCAGGACAUGUUUAUAUAGCAGUGACUUACAGAGGAAUCAAAAGGAGAGGAGAAAGUGAAGACAGCUGCCUUGGAAGGAAUGAUCAUUCCUGGAGUCUGAGCUGCUCUGAAAAUGAGGGUUACUCUAUCCUUCACCGUAACAAAAGAGAAAAGAUCCCUAUCCCCACCUCGAAUAAAUUGGGGGUGUAUCUUGACUUGCCUGCCGGCACUCUGUGCUUCUUCAAGAUCUCUGCAAACAAAGUCACCCACAUCCACACCUUCCACACCACAUUCACAGAGCCGCUCUUCCCUGCCUUCAGGGUAAGGAUGGACCUGCAGAACUCGUCUGUGUCUUUGUGUUAGAUCGGGGAACAAAGCCCCAACUCAUUAAAACCCGCAGACUUUGAGGCGUAUUAUCCUGUGAGGGCUAAGGACGGUGCCACUUCUAAAUCACCUAGUGCUUGGGGGGGGGGGGGGGGGGUCAUGAAGGAUGGGUCAUGACUGAAGGAACGAGAUUGCGGAUGAAAGCGACCGAAAUGGGAUUUCUCUGCAGGGUGGCUGGCAUCUCCCUUAGGGAUAAGGUGAGAAGUUCAGUCUUCCGGGAGGGACUCGGAGUAGAACCGCUGCUCCUUCGCGUUGAAAGGAGCCAGUUGAGGUGGUUCGGGCACCUAGUGAGGAUGCCACCUGGGGGAGGUAUUCCAGGCACGUCCAGCUGGGUGGAGAUCGAGGGGCAGACCUAGGACCAGGUGGAGGGAUUACAUCUACACGCUGCCUGGAAGUGCCUUUGAAUCCCCCGGUCAGAGCUGGUUGAUGUGGUCAGUGGCAAGGGACAUUUGGGGCUCUCUGCUGGAGCUGUGACCACCGCAAUAAGUGGGAGCAGAUGGAUGAAUGUCAUAUAUUUUUAUAUGUAAGCACAUCAUUCCAUUGAGUUUCUCUUUUUUAAAUCUUAAAAAGGAAUCAGCCAAAAAGAAUCCAAGAAGCUUCUCGUCUAGAUAAUUACGUUUAUUGAUACAAUGAUAUGAUAAGUCUACAAAGGAAAAUCAGCUGUGGUCUUUCCCCAUGUCACUGACCACAGUCCGCAUCGAAGUAGUUAUCUGUCACCAGCUCCAUAGGAAAGGCCCCGAUCUGUUUACCACUGGUUUUUCACUGUCCCGCUUGGAGGUAUGCUUCUCCCAUUGGUUGUCGAGGGUAUCGGCCCCUUCUUAUAGGCAAGUCCAUGCCCCGUAGCGCUUGCUGCUCCAUUCAGAUCUUCUGUCGCCCUCUAGUGGUGUACUCAAAUAACAUCCCUUUAAUCACAUACUAUAAUGACAUAAUAGAACACAUAGUAACAGUUGAUGUCGUAGCGUCGGUGAGUGGGAGUUGGAGGCGGUGUGUUUAGUAUGGAAUUCCACGCGUCAUUCUCCAUAUACUGUCAUUAGCUACAUGCUACUGUGAAGCUAAAAACAAUAACAACCGGAAACCGGAAAUCCAAGGUGUCGCCUACCAACACGACUAUUGUGAAUGAUGUUCCAGCACAAUAUAUUGAUUUAUUUUCACACUCUGUUUUGAGUUUGCGGGUGAGUAAUAUAGAUUAUAUUAUUUUGUGUCUCAAUGCACUAUUGUCAUAUCAGCUCUUUGUUAUAUUGGCUGCAAAGUUAAGAAGCACUUUCUUUUGGAUGAUAUUCGUUGGGGCCCUGGUCCCACACUGGACCUCCAUUUCUUUACAACGUUCCAAAUGUCGAACAUUAAUUAUGAUUUAAAAGACGAUAUUGAUAAUGCAACUCAACUGUUAAUACGUAGGUUGGUUUGGUGAGCAAAUCUGAUUGGUUAUCCAGUUUUUGGAAACAUUACAUUGAAGCUCCUACAAUUCAUUAUGUUAAUACACAUCUGUAUUCAUUUAUGGGAUUGUUGUAUCACCAACACUAGUCCUCAGUGUCCCAUAAUCCACUGAGCUCCUAAAAGGUCAUACAGUGUGUAUACAUCACCUAAAUAUCCGGGAGUGUCAGGUUACCACCUCAUUUAGCACUCUCCAGUUAUUGAUCCUUCAAGAUGACAUCUUGUCUUCAGCUGGUAAAGGACUAGCUCACUUUAAUCACUUAUAAUGUGAAGUAACAAAGACAGUAUGAAGUAGCAUAACAUUUAAAUACUCAAGUGAAGUAAAAGUACGUCCAGUAGUAACUUUCCAUCACUGGUCCUUUUUGUAAGUUAUGAAUGAGGGAUUGGAUGAUAAAUGAUGUAAGCCAGGUAAGAAGUCUGAAAAUAACGUGCUGAAUAUAUAUGACGUACCAGUUUCUGAAAGAUUAUCAGUUACCUACCAACAUAUGUUUGUUGAUUUCUCUGUGCUCUGUUUCAUUUAUACUUUAAGUUGUAAUUGAAACACAAUAGACCAGGAUCUGAGAUCGUGACAAACCCUUAUAUCGGAACACAGAAUCAGAUGCAUCGAUAAAGGUGUUUUUUUGUAAUCGUUUUAAUCCUGUAUGUAAGCUCACCGGAUUCCUCUUUGCCAAAUAAAAAUAAAGACUAUGUCCAACUA